AUGAGUUUUUCUAUUGACGAAGUGAAUUUCCUCGUAUACCGAUACUUACAAGAGUCCGGUUUUCACCAUUCAGCAUAUACUUUUGGGAUUGAAUCGCACAUUUCACAAAGCAAUAUAAAUGGAGCCCUCGUACCUCCAGCAGCUCUUCUCAAUAUACUUCAAAAAGGAUUACAGUAUACCGAAGCGGAGAUAACAUUGGGCGAAGACGGUUCUGAAACCAGACUUACUGAAAGCCUCAGUCUAAUAGAUGCUGUCACACCAGAUAUAGUGGCCGCACGUCAAAACGCACACAAUGCUCUGAAACAAGCUAAUAAAGAAACUGGUUCUGGCAGUGAACAGAAUGGUGUUGAGGUUCCUACCUGCACAGCUCCAACUACAACAGGUGGUGCUGAAACCCCAAGUGCACCUGAAAGUAUGGAGACUGAUCAAUCUAUUGAAAUACCACCUAGUAAAGCCACAGUACUAAGAGGCCACGAGUCUGAGGUGUUUAUUUGUGCUUGGAAUCCUAGCACAGAUUUAUUAGCAAGUGGUUCUGGAGACAGCACGGCCAGAAUUUGGGAUAUGUCUGAUAAUCCAACAAGUAUUCCAAAUCAACUAAUUUUAAGGCACUGUAUUCAAAGAGGUGGAGCAGAAGUACCAAGUAAUAAGGAUGUCACAUCACUUGAUUGGAAUUGUGAUGGUAAUCUAUUAGCCACUGGUUCUUAUGAUGGAUAUGCCCGUAUCUGGACUACCGAUGGGAAACUUGCCUCAACAUUAGGUCAACAUAAAGGACCAAUAUUUGCUUUAAAAUGGAAUAAAAGAGGCAAUUAUAUAUUGAGUGCAGGGGUUGACAAAACAACUAUUAUCUGGGAUGCGGCCUCUGGUCAAUGCACUGAACAGUUCUGCUUCCAUAAAGCACCAGCACUAGAUGUAGAUUGGCAAACUAAUACCUCUUUUGCAUCCUGUUCAACGGACCAGAGCAUCCAAGUGUGUAAACUGAAUGUUGAUAAGCCAAUAAAGAGUUUCUUAGGUCACACAAAUGAAGUUAACGCGAUCAAAUGGGAUCCCCAAGGACAGCUUCUUGCUUCUUGUUCUGACGAUAUGACAUUAAAGAUUUGGUCUAUGAAGCAAGAUACCUGUGUUCAUGACUUGCAAGCUCAUUCAAAGGAAAUAUACACCAUAAAGUGGUCACCUACUGGACCAGGGACUCAGAACCCCAACAUGAACUUAAUAUUAGCAAGUGCCUCUUUCGAUUCCACUGUGCGUCUUUGGGAUGUGGAGAAAGGUGCAUGUGUUCACACACUUACAAAACAUACAGAACCUGUAUACAGUGUUGCCUUUUCUCCAGAUGGAAAGUUCUUGGCAAGUGGAUCAUUUGAUAAAUGUGUUCAUAUUUGGUCAACACAAACGGGAUCUCUUGUUCACUCAUACAAGGGAACUGGGGGUAUAUUUGAGGUUUGUUGGAAUUCAAGAGGCACUAAGGUUGGUGCAAGUGCUAGUGAUGGAAGUGUUUUUGUUUUAGAUUUACGCAAGCUAUAG